AUGUGCCUCCGAAAGAGCAGCGGAUACCGCCCUCCGGACCUUAUUAAUGCCAAGAUUUACACUGGUCCAAUCCCGGCCGAGCGAGGGGGCGAGCUGGAUGGGGGAGGUCGCAGCGAGACCUCUGCACUGAGCGGGACGGGAGGGGGGGGCAUGACCACUACCCAGAAUUCCCAACGGCCCAACGCCUGCUGCUUCUGCUGGUGCUGCUGUUGCAGCUGCUCAUGGAAUGAAGAGGAGAGGCGGAGGAGGAGGAAGAGAAUAUCACAGGGCACCAAGAUGGAAACCAUACCAAACUGUGAAUCUUGCACCAGACCCUCAGCGGAAGAGAUCCGUCUGUGGUCUCAGUCUUUCGACAAGCUGAUGAAGAACCCUGCGGGUCGAAAUGUUUUUCGUGAGUUCCUGCGGACGGAGUACAGUGAGGAGAACAUGCUGUUCUGGUUGGCCUGCGAAGACAUCAAACAAGAAAUCAACAAGAGCGCCAUUGAGGAGAAGGCACGCUCCAUCUACGAGGACUACAUUUCCGUACUGUCGCCAAAAGAGGUGAGUCUGGACGCCCGAGUUCGAGAGGUGAUCAACAGAAAGAUUCAGGACCCGACGCCUCACUCGUUCGAAGACGCCCAGCUACAGAUCUACACGCUGAUGCACAGGGACUCCUACCCACGAUUCCUCUCCUCCAGCAUCUACAAGUCGCUCCUUCACGGCGGCUCGCGUACCUCCUCUGAAUCCUAGUCCCUCACCACCUCCCUUGAUGCCAGACCAUUUCAUCACUUCUCCAGCACAAAACUUUCCCAAAAAUGAUCAGACAGCUCCUCGCCUCCUCAGUUCACUUCUGAGAAUCUCAAAUCUCUCCGAUUACUGCCAAGACUGUCCUCUUUUCUUUUUUUUUUCUUCUCCAUACCCUCAACGUUAAGUAUUGUUACCAAGACCUUCCUUCCUCCUCUCAGCUUUCAUCCCCGGUUGACUCCUCUCUCCUUUAUUUCCCCUCUUCUCUCUUUGUUCUCAUUAAAUCUUUAUUUUUUUGCACUCCGAUCCCACUUUUUCUCCCCCCACUCUUCCCACAUUUCACUAGUAAACUCAUCAACAUAAUAUACAAGUAUUUGUCAGGUAAUAGUUGCAUUUUUUUUUUUAUUUGAUUGAAAAAAUUUUGUGUUAUUUGAACAAUAUCUUCUUUUAUUUUUUGUCAGGAGGGAAAUAUUCAUAAAUAAUUUUGUCAAAUUUAAAUUAACUCUUUGUAAUUAUUUUCUAUUUUAAUUAACACGGCCGAUGACAAUAUUUGACACAUAGCCCAAUAUUGUUUUUUAAAAUGAACUCCCCCACAGCCUUACAAACAAACAUUUGUUAUUAAUAGUUUGACAGUGUCAAACAAGGGUCCACUUACUAUCUUCUCUCUGGAGCUUUUAACCACAUCUCAGUCUUCCUCAGUGGAUGGUUUUGCACAAUCUGAAAGGUCUGAGCAAAUUCUGUCUUGAAGGAUGUGGUUGGAAUGUCUGGAAAAAGCUAAGUAAGUAGACCUUGAAUAAGCCUGACAAAUAUUGGAUUUUUUUAAAUUUUAUUUUAAUCUUCCAUCCUCUCCUGUCGACUCCUAAAGCUACUGAACACUUCCAUCCUUCUAUCCUUUCAACCAAUUUCCUACCUGUGAACCUCUUCUUUUCCCUCGUCUCCUCACCUUUUUGUGUUUUUCACCUCGAGGAGAGAAGGAAGUCAUCCGGAUGUUGAAGUAUUCCUUUGGGAUAUUAUUUACUUGGGAGAUUUGAAUGCAUUUCAAUGGGAGAAGUAUACACCUGUGCCACGGAUUCUUAUUGGAUUUUUACUAAUUUGCCCCUCAGUUGUUCGAUGAAGAGCCAAUUAAAAGGUGUUUAUCCCUGACAUCCGCCCACUCCAUCACCUUGUUUUUCAUCCUCAAGUUCUCCACUUUGAGAAAUGAUGGAAAGUCAAAAGGAAAAAGAUGGAUGCUGUCAUAUUCCUUCUCUUUCUCUUUCUUUUUGUUCUUUCAACUGGAAAACACAAGGUGCUCCCUCCAUCCCCUGCUACAAACCACAAGAUCUUUUUCACUCUUGUUUGCUGGAUCAAUCAUUUCACUCCUGUGAUAAACAAACGGACAAAUGGAUGGACGUCACCUCCUUCUGACUACUGAUUUACAAACAGACAAGGUCUAUUUUUUAAGAGAAAACUAUAUGAAACAUUUCAAAUAUGUUGAUUAUUCUUGGUUUUGUUUAUUUGGUUUACCCCACUCUCUCCCCUUCCUGGACUUUUUGCAAGAGACUGUACUGAUCUCGACCCAACUCAACACCACAAACACCACUGGUGCAAUAAACACUGGAGUUUGGAAGAAUACACACAUUUACACACAUUUACAAAAUUUGUGUUACUAUACAAUUGGAUAAUCCAUACUUUAAUAUUUGAUUAGCUGAUCAAAAGCCUCUCAAAUGUGAAAAUUGGCUUUUUGCUAUUCUGUAUUAUUUUAGAUUGAAUAUCUUUGCGAUUUGGUUCAACAGAGAACGUUUGAAAAACUAUCUUUUGGUUCUUGGAAGUUGUGUAAGUCCAGAAAGUGUCAUAGAAAAUGAAGAGGUCAGAGUGAGGGGUCGCUAAGGUUCAAAAUUGAAAACUGCAGUUUUAUUGGUCAGGAAGGACCAAAGAAGAUUAAAUGGUCUCUCUUCUCUAAAGAUCAAGUUCUAAAACUAAAGAUCAUAGUUAUCCUAGUAAGUAUAGUAAUACAAAUCUACACACACUAUACAUCCCUCUAAACACACACCAGGGUGGCCUACCUGGGCACUGCUGCUGCUGACCGCUGCCUCCAUGACCUCUCACCUUUGACCUCACCACUGUUUGAUGCCCACUCGGACGCCUGCUCCUGAUUGGCUGCAGGAGGUUGUUGGGCUGAACUGUGGUUGGUCAAUUCAGGAAGGGGGGGUGGGAGGAAAUCCCAGGUGCAAAAAAUAUAUAAAUAGAUAUAUUAAUGAAAAAAAGCUUAUAAAAAUGAUAUGUAGAAAAAAAGAUGUUAUGUGAGAUGGGAUGCUUACACCCUUCAUGGGAAAUGUAGUUUGAAGAAAAUAAAUAUUUGUAGUUGUCUGCGGAGGCUGGAACAACAGAUUUAAAAAAAGAGAUGCCUAGGACAAUUACUCAGAAUGCAUUCAUCUUAGUAUUGUUAAUGUUAUUUAUUUUAUAUUUUGUUAAAACUGUGAUUUUAAUUGUAUAUAUAUAUAUAUAUAUAAACAAAAACCCUUGAACAUCCAA